AUGGUGCCCGCCACAAUUGAUUCGGUACACACGGUGAGGCGCUCCGUGGGGAUUGGAUUCUCACGAUGGUUCAUGGGGCCGAUAUCAUUUGACGAUUUGGCGAAUUGGGGAUUUAGUUACUUUAUCAAAUCGCUACCAACAGCUGGCGACUCGUCUGGUUGUACCGAAUUGGUAACCGGGUUUUCUCAAUUUAUAUCGCAGAAAAUUGCAAUUGCCUCUCUUCUCUGGCGCCACCACUAA